AUGGAUGAUAGCACCUUAAAUGGCAAGAAAGAUGAUUUGAACAAGUAUUGGCCAGACUUGACGCAUUCCAAGUUUGAAGAGAGUAAAAGCUUUUGGAUACAUGAGUGGGAAAAACAUGGUCGUUGCUCUGCAAAGAGUCCUGCUAAUUACUUGAGCCUGGUUUUUGAUCUGAUGAAAAAACAUGAUGUGGAACAGAUAUUUAAAGACAAUGGAAUUUUACCAAGCAAGAACGGGUAUCCGAUGACACAGUUGGGACAGCUCAAGGCCAAUUCAGGAAUUGUUCUAAAAGCGGUGCGGACUAUACAGGGUGUACCAAAAGGCUGCCAGUCACCUUCCCCUUACCUUCGCCCGGUCUCAUAG